GCAAGUGUGUCCAUCAUGAGGAACAUCACGGUUUUUUUCGUGCUCUCGAUGCUAGGCAGAUUCUGUUUCCUAACAAUAGCAAGUAAAACUGCUUCGUUUAAUACAGCAAGAAAUAUCAGAAGCAUUUCUAGAAUGUCAAAAUUUGAUCUUCCUAAUCGUCUAAAGGGCAAUGAGAAAUCUGUCUGGGUGGAAUAUAUCCAACUUGCUCUGCAGUAUAAGCCGCUGAAUUUAGGCCAGGGAUUUCCCGACUAUUAUGCACCAGAUAAUGUAACCAAUGCUUUGGCUGCCACUGCUAAAAGUGAAAAUCCACUUUUACAACAGUAUACAAGAGGAUUUGGUCAUCCAAGAUUAGUGAAUGCAAUUGCAAAAUUUUACUCUAAGCUUAUUGAUCGUGACUUAGACCCAAACAAAGAAGUGUUAGUCACUGCUGGUGCAUAUGAAGCAUUAUAUGCUACUCUACAAGGCCAUACCAAUCCUGGAGAUGAGUGGAUUAUUAUUGAGCCCUUCUUUGACUGUUAUGUACCUAUGAUACAGAGUGCUGGGGGAAUUCCCAGAUAUAUAGCAUUAAAACCGAAAUCUACAUCGGGUACAGUCACUUCUGGUGAUUGGGUAUUUGAUAGGAAAGAAUUGGAAAGUCUUUUCAACAACAAAACAAAAGGCAUUGUUCUCAACACUCCGCAUAAUCCAAUAGGAAAGGUAUUUACAUUGGAUGAACUGCAGUUUAUUGCUAAUCUUGCGAAAAAAUGGAAUACUCUUGUGAUUUCUGAUGAGGUUUAUGAGCACAUUGUUUAUGAACCAUAUAAGCACAUAAGAAUUGCAACAUUGCCCGAUAUGUAUGAACGCACAAUCACGAUUGGAUCGGCGGGCAAAACGUUCAGCGUUACAGGCUGGAAAAUUGGUUGGGCAUACGGACCAGCAAGCUUGUUGUAUAAUCUACAAAUAGUUCAUCAGAAUUCUGUGUACACCUGUAGCACGCCAAUUCAGGAAGCUGUGGCUAUUGGAUUCGAAUUGGAAAUGGAACGCUAUGGGCAAUCGGAAUGCUAUUUUCAUAGUCUGGCAAAAGAGUUGUUACCGAAGCGCGACUACAUGGCGAAAUUUCUUCGGGAAGUCGGUAUGGUGCCGACGAUACCCGAAGGUGGAUAUUUUAUGCUCGCCAACUGGUCUGCUUUAGAGACUAAAGUAAAUCUGCACGAGGAAACAGAUGAGAAUAAGGACUACAGAUUUACCAAAUGGAUGACAAAGAAUGUUGGUCUUCAAGGUAUUCCUCCCUCGGCAUUUUAUGGUCCCGAACAUAAACAUCUGGCAGAGGACUAUGUGCGAUACUGCUUCAUAAAGAAGGACGAAAAUUUGAAGGCUGCUGCCGAUAUCUUGAAGAAAUGGGUGUCUAAAUAAUCGAAACUUUCGAAACUAUGUUUAUACACACAUAUAUACAUAUAAUAUAUGUGCCUAUGUGUGCAUAUUUGUAUAUUUACUUACCACUUAUACUUAUCUUGCAUUUUGCAUUGAUUUAAUAUUUUGAUUGAUAUGACUAAUUUAUUGGAAGCAAUUAGAAAAAUGCCAAUCGAGAUUUUUAUUCCUUGUGGAAGCAUUAUAAUUAAUAAUAAUAUCCUUUUAUCUUCG